AUGGAUUUGGACGACAUCGGAACCAAGCUUGCCAACCUGACCAUGUACGACGUCAAGUCACUGUACCGCCAGGCCAGGAACUACGCACUCAACGUCAGCGAGAUCGAGGCCAAGGUCGACGAGGCUACCAAUGACGAUCCGUGGGGUGCCAGCUCUACCCUCAUGCAGGAGAUCGCACAAGCCACCAACAACUUUCAAGACUUCAACGAGAUCAUGCCUACCAUCUACCGGCGCUUCAUGGAGAAGGAAGCGCGGGAGUGGCGUCAGAUCUACAAGGCGCUGCAGCUGCUUGAGUAUCUCAUCAAGCACGGAUCCGAGCGCGUUGUCGACGAUGCUCGCUCCCACCUCGCCACCAUCAAGAUCCUGCGCAACUUCCACUAUAUCGAUGAGAAGGGUAAGGACCAGGGUAUCAAUGUGCGCAACCGCGCCAAGGAGCUAGCCGAGCUGCUGUCCGAUGUCGACCGCAUCCGACAGGAGCGGAGGAAGGCUCGCUCAAACAAAACCAAGUACACCGGUGGAGGCAAUGGCGAGUUUGUGCCCGGGAGCGGCACGGGUCGAUACGGCGGUUUCGGCAGCGACAGCUACUGGUCUGGCGGAGGAGCUGCUCCAGGAGCUUCGAGCUCUAGCGGUGGCGAUGCGGCUGCUCGGGAGAGCUUCGAGGAGUACGAUGCGGGCGAUUACGAGGAAACGCCCUCUGCAAGACCCAGCUCGAGCACCACGCGUGCUGGUGCUUCUCGAUCCACGCACGCCCCUGCACCGGCGAAGAAGGAAGCACCCAAAGUCGCUGAUCUCUUUAGCUUUGACGACGAUGACGAUCAACCCCCUGCAGCUGCGCCGGCUGCUGCUGCUGUUGUUCCUGCUCCGGCUGCCAAGUCCGCAGCUGGCGAUGCGUUCGGCGAUGACUUCGAUGACUUCCAGGCCGCUCCAGCUUCCGUUGCUCCUGCUGCCCCCGUCAAAACAGCUGCUACACUAUCGGCACAGCCCCAAGCUGCUUCAUUCGACUUCUUCGACUCAGCUCCCAUCGCACCCGCAGCUCCGAAAUCUGCCGCUUCGAGCAACGUUAUGUCGCCUUCGUCGAAGUCUUCCACCCCCUCGGUUACCACGCCUGCAACCACGCGUCCCGCCGCCUCAACAAAUUCGUCGUUCAACUUCGACGAUCUCUGGGCAGCUUCGUCGGGCAAAGCGGGCAGUGCGGCAGGAAAGCAGAAGAUGUCGAUGGCCGAGAUGGCCAAGAACCAGAGCUCGAGUGCUCUCUUUGCGUCGUCCUCGGGCCAACCUGCGGCACAGCAGCAGCAGGCUAAGAAGACGGAUAUCUUUGAUCUGCUCUGA